UUUUAUUCAGACAGUUCGGGUCGACGCCGGUGAAUUUGUCCCGGAAGUGCGCAUUGUGCUUCCGGAUGAGAAGGGCAGCGGUAGCCUCGAUAACGGAGGAUGGAGCUGUGCGAGAUCCUGUAUAACAAGGCGGAAUAUAUUGAGACGGCCUCUGGUAACAAAGUGAGCAGGCAGUCUGUGCUGUGUGGGAGCCAGAACAUAGUUCUCAAUGGGAAGACCAUUGUUAUGAACGAUUGUAUCAUCCGUGGAGACCUGGCGAAUGUAAGGGUUGGACGGCACUGUGUCAUCAAGAGCCGAAGUGUCAUACGCCCACCUUUCAAGAAAUUCAGCAAAGGGGUUGCCUUCUUCCCACUACACAUUGGAGACCAUGUGUUCAUUGAGGAAGACUGCGUGGUAAAUGCUGCACAGAUUGGAUCCUAUGUUCACAUAGGGAAGAACUGUGUUAUUGGUCGGAGAUGUGUUCUGAAAGAUUGCUGCAAAAUCCUGGACAACACUGUCCUGCCGCCAGAAACCGUGGUCCCGCCUUUCACCAUCUUCUCAGGUUGCCCAGGUCUUUUUGCUGGUGAGCUCCCAGAGUGUACACAGGAGCUUAUGAUGGAUGUCACAAAGAGCUACUACCAGAAGUUUCUGCCGCUGUCUCAGAUAUGAGAGAGCCUUUUCUCCAGAGCACCACAAGUACAGAAUCCAGUUAAUUGGGGAACUGAAAGUGAACGACUGGACAAACAGAAGACCUAGAUUCUGCCUGGGCACUCCCAAGUGAUGGAGAGGCUGUAAUGUAGGGAAACCCAGGUGCUCUAAAUUAUAUGUAUUCGUCUUUGGUCUGGUGAAGACUUGCUGCUCCUCUACACUCAGUGAUUCUCUGUAUGUCUGGGUAGUCUUCAUUUCACCAAUUUUAAAUCAUAAGCUGGCCCUGCAUAAAGCCAGAGAAAAUCCAGAGCCUGGGAACGUACCAUAUUUAUUCUAGAAAUUAUUUCUGUGGUGAAAUGUUAAAUCAUUGAGCAUCCUACACACAUUAACAGUUUUAAUCUGCUUAUAAAUUGGAAAAGAGCUUCGAUUGUGACUGAAUGUAAAGAUUAUAUGCUUUCUCUCUUAAGAAUUCAGUCAUUCUAGACUUAAUGUUUGUGUAAAAUGCCCUUCAGACUGUCUGCCACCUGCUAUUUGUACAAUUCAUACUGUUUAAUCCGCUUAACUACCAACACUAAUUGGGAUCCUUGUUGAUGCAAUGCAGGAUACAGCUCCCUAGGAGGCAAAAUUCUUGGAGGGUGUCAGUCAGCAGUGAAAUGUGCAGCAUUGUUUCAGUGCUUUGGCUGUUUCUUGGAUAUCGGUGAGAACUAGGGGGUGGGGCGGGGGGGUGUUGAUGGUGAGGGGUCUACCUUUCCAUCAAACCAGUGAUGAUCCUUAGUUACCAAAGUGUAUCCAGUUUAUAUGAAAGAACGUUUAAUUAAAGACCAAUUCUUCAACCAAGGCAUGGUGCCUGAUAAAAUGAUUGAAAGAGAAUUGACUUCACAGGGCAUCAAGACAGAUUUUUUAAGAAAAUUACAGCUUUUGAAGCUUCUGCAGUAAGCAUGCCAUGUGACAAAUUGAACCCAGGUCAUAGAUAACGUGCAGUUAUGGUCUUGCGUAGUUAUGUAGACUUGAAUGUCCAUAGUUAGAAGGAUUAGAAUCCAGAUUUUGGGGUCUUCAGACAAGCAAGUAGGGUUCAAAUUGGUGUUGGUUUGGGGCACUGGAGCUCUCUGGUUAUUUGGUUGCUCUUGGUCUUCCUUUGGCUAAUGGGUUUUGGGAAACUGGGUAGCUGCUUUGCUACCUCCUAAGGACACCCAUUUCAUUUGCUUGAACUGGUCAGUGUCCCAUCAGUUCACCUUCCCUGUGGUAGGCACCAGACAAUCUCAAAACUGAGGGUAGAUAUCAUCUCACUUCUUAGAGCAAGAGUUGAGUGGGACUUUGGGCAAUGGGACAAUAUAUAACCUUGAAUUGUCCAUCAAAUUUUUUUUUCUCCCUCUUUAUACCUCCUCUUUUGGGAUGGUUCUUGCUUGCCGCCAGUGCUUCUCAUUGAUAGCAAGUAAGUUAUCUAGGGCUAAGCACAUGGAUAAUGGGAGGUGAGAACUUGCAGUGUAACCCUUGGUGACUCAUUGUCAAGGUGCAACAGUAUCAGAAACACCCCAGAUUCAAUUGACAUUAGUAUUGCUUCAUGCCAUAUAUAUUGUGCAGUUUCACAUUGCCGUGCCCCAGCCAUGGUGCACAUUUUCUGAGCACAGCUCCAAUUUACUGCUGUUUCCAGCUGUUUGUACAGUGUACUCUGCCCCUCUCUUUAGAAGAACAACCAGAUUCUAUUCAUUUUUUUUGUGCCAGUUCUGUCCAGCACUGUUUCCAAACAGGUUCCCUCUGCAGUGCACUUUGCCUGCAACACUCCAAAGGGAACUGGAGGACACCAGAGCACCACUUGGAUCUGCUGUGUCUGUCACAUCUGUCAAAGAAUUAAUUAGAAAGCUUCAUAUGCAAAUGUAAUAAAUGUUCAUGGUUA